AGAAAAACACAUGGUUUGCUUUGUCAUCAGGAUAGAUCGAUGACUAUUUAAAUGUUUUAGUGCACAGCUCCAGUGUCCGGCUGUUUGGGUGUUUGCACGUAUGGACAGUGUUUUGUCUGACUAAGUGGUUAAGCUGAUUGUGUUACCUUCACGUGUCUAAGGGAACAAACGAAACCCGACCCUUAAGAUGAUUCAGUCUGUUUAAUGUAGAGCAGUGUGUGUGUUUGUGUGUGUGUGUGUGUGUGUGUGUGUGUGUGUGUGUGUGUGUGUGUGUGUGUGUGUGUGAUGAGAAAAGGGAGGGACACGAGGAAGAGAGCAAGAAAUGACAACUAACAGAGAGAGAGAGAGAGAGGAGAGUGAGAAAACAAAAAGGAGACAAGGGGAGGGUCGAGCAAGCAAACAGGAGGAGGUGGAGCCACAGAGAGAGAGAGAGAGAGAGUGAAAGAGAGAGGGAGAGAGAGAGAGAGAAAGAGAGAGUGAGAGAGAGAGGGAUGACAGGAGAUGUGGUUGUUGCCGCGGCAGCAGAGCAGGACAGAUCUGAGACAGUAAAACAACACUCCUCCUCUUCUUCCUCCUACUUCUUCUUCUUCUUCUUUUUUAUUCUUCUUCUUCUGUCCUCCUGCAUCUGUCCACCGUGGUUUCACCUGGAAAACCUGCCUCCUCUUCCUCCUCGCCUUACUCUUCACCUUCAUCAUCAUCAGCAGCAGCCGCACCAGCAGCUGUGGACAACCAUACAUGGACAUGGAGAAAGGAGCGCCUGACGUCUCUUCUACACUCAGAAACAAAGCUGGUGUCUCUCUUUCCCCACCACUAAUGCCCCGGCAACUUCAAUAAGAGGGAGAGACUAAAACACAGAGACAGAUAAAGGGGAAAACAGCAAGCAAAAGCAGAAAGAGAACAAGAGGAAGCGUGAGGCUGCACAACCAUAAUCUCCACAGCUGAGAAACACUUAGAGGGAGGGAGGCAACACAGGCGAUUCUGUCUAUCUUGCAACUUCAGGGACCAUCAUCACAAUUUAAUAAGAAUUUGAAAGGCUGCGGUGCUGCAACAAAUCAGUCUUCACAGGGAAAGAGGGUGGGUGAGAGAGCUAGAGUCGGACAGAGAGAGAGCGAGAGAAAGGGAGGAGGCCAGACACAAAUGUUUUAACGCUUCCCUACCUGGAUUCAUAUCUUUCUGCCUUUUGUUGUAAAUCCCUGCAGCAAUAAACCUGUGACGGCAAUAUCAAAGAACCACUUUAUUAUUAUUUUACACAUAAUCUAUUGUGCUAAGACUGCUGAGAUUUCAAGAAAUUAUGUUUUCCUAUCAAGAGAGUUCAUAUUUUCAAGAAGAGCAUACUGUUUAGAACAACGGGACUGAGAGGAACUUGUAGAGAAACAGAGAAAUAUUUUUAAAAAAGCAGCAUUUACCCUGAGAAGUGUCUCGCAGGCUAGACGGAGAGGAAGAGAAGGGACGGCGUUACCAGAAGACCAUCCAAAUUGCAACAAAAUAAAAAGACGGGCCUCACGUUUGUCCAUCGAUCUGCUUUCCUGCCCCCUUUACAGCUUUUUUUCAUGGCUUGACACCCAACUGCACUCUGGCCCCUCCCUUCCCCUUUCCUUCCCCCCCAACAUGUCCAACCACCUCGUAUCUCACUGCCCAGACCGCCAAAGGAAAUCAGGGCAGCUGAAGAAGUGAGCAAGGGUUUAACCGAGCCAAUAUACAGAGUUUCAUUAGCUCCAUCCGCUCUUCCCUCCUUCGACGAGGACAGAACUCUCAGACUCUACAGGUGGGGCGCUCUGAUACAACAUGGCAGCCGGCGUGGCGACAUGGCUGCCAUUUGCACGGGCGGCGGCAGUGGGUUGGCUGCCGCUGGCCAAAAAGACGAUGCCCAAACCUCCAGUGGACAACUCGUCCAGAUCGGAUGAGAUUCUGUAUCUCAACGUCAGCGGGGUCAGGUUCCAGACAUGGAAGAACACUCUAGAUCGUUAUCCUGACACACUGCUGGGCUCCUCUGAGAAAGAGUUUUUCUUCAACGAGGACACAGAGGAAUAUUUCUUUGACAGAGACCACGAGAUGUUCCGACACAUUCUGAACUUUUACCGCACAGGGAAGCUCCAUUACCCGCGACACGAGUGCAUCCAGGCCUUUGACGAGGAGCUGGCCUUCUACGGCAUCGUGCCGGAGAUCAUUGGAGACUGCUGCAUGGAGGAAUACAGAGACAGGAAAAAAGAGAACCAGGAGCGUCUGGCAGAGGACACAGAGGCCAACGAGUCGAUGGACGCCCCACUUCCUCCUGACAGCACCCCCAGGGAGCGUCUGUGGCGAGCCUUUGAGAACCCCCACACCUCCACCAUGGCGCUCGUCUUUUACUAUGUCACCGGCUUCUUCAUUGCUGUGUCAGUAAUCGCCAACGUGGUGGAGACGGUGCCCUGCCGGCCUCCAGAGGGCAGAAUUAAGGACCUUCCCUGUGGGGAGAAAUAUCAGCUGGCCUUCUUCUGCAUGGACACGGCCUGCGUGCUCAUCUUCACCUUCGAGUACUUGAUGCGCCUGUUCGCCGCGCCCAGCCGCUGCAAGUUCAUGCGCUCCGUGAUGUCUGUGAUUGACGUAGUGGCUAUAAUGCCAUACUACAUUGGCCUGGUGAUGCCCGAGAACGAGGACGUGAGCGGCGCCUUCGUCACCCUCCGGGUUUUCCGCGUCUUCCGGAUCUUCAAGUUCUCACGUCACUCACAGGGUUUGAGGAUUUUGGGCUACACGCUCAAGAGCUGCGCCUCCGAGCUCGGCUUCCUGCUCUUCUCCCUCACCAUGGCCAUCAUCAUCUUCGCCACCGUCAUGUUCUACGCCGAGAAGGGCACCAAAGGCUCCACCUUCACUUCCAUCCCGGCCUCCUUCUGGUACACCAUCGUCACCAUGACGACCCUGGGAUAUGGAGACAUGGUUCCAAACACCAUCGCGGGGAAGAUCUUUGGAUCAAUCUGCUCUCUGAGCGGCGUCCUGGUGAUCGCCCUGCCUGUACCUGUCAUCGUGUCCAACUUCAGCCGGAUCUACCACCAGAACCAGAGAGCGGACAAGAGGAGAGCACAGCAGAAAGUGCGCUUGGCUCGGAUCCGCAUGGCAAAGAAAGGAACAACCAACGCCUUCCUUCAGUACAAAGAAGACCGAGCGCUCGGGGGUCGUGACAGCGAUAGCACAGCUCUGUGUGUGAAGAACAGAUCGGCUUUCGAGCACCAACACCACCACCUGCUGCACUGUCUGGAGAAGACAACGAACCAUGAGUUCACAGAUGAGAUGACCUACAGCGAGCUCUGUAUGACCGAGUCAGUGGGCUUCAGGACCAGUCGCAGCACUUCUCUAUCCAGCCAGCAGGGGGCACAGAACAACCCCACUGGCUGCUGCCCCCGCAGGGCCAGGAGGCGAGCUGCCAUGCGUCUGGCUAACUCCACUGCAUCAGUCAGCCGGGGGAGCGUCCAGGAACUGGACACCCUGCAUAUCAAAACAACCUCCAUACCACCACAAACUCGUUCCAGUCUGAACGCCCAGGCUGAUGACUUAAAGCUGAACUGCGGGGAACAAGAUUUCACGGCUGCAAUCAUCAGCAUUCCCACGCCGCCUGCCAACACACCAGACGAGAGCCUCCCCCCAUCGCCUGCCCCCAUCCCUGGCAUCCUGCGCAACACCCGAGCAACAGCUUUUACCCACGAAACCGUCAAAAUCUCCUCCUUAUAACCUCCAGCUCCACACAUGACAUCCCCCCUGACACCCCUCCGCCCCACCAGCCACUUUCCCAGUGAACUUCCUUUGAACCUCUGAUCCUGGAUCUGGGGCGCUGCUAGCUGAAAUAUUGGGAAGAAAUACUCAGAUUGAUUCCUGACUGAUUGCUUUAACUUCCACAUACAUUUUGCUGGUUACAUGGAUUAAACAGUCGUAUAGCUAAAACGGCAGAUCAGAUGGGAAGCAAAAUGAAUGGCUACAUCCAACGAGAACUGAAAAAUAAGAACCUCAAAAAAAAAAAGCUCAAAUCAAAAGCUACAACUUCAUGAAUGAAGCAAAAGACCUUCUUAAACCUUUAGUAUCCACCCUCAUGCAUUUUGUCUCCUUGCACACAUUUGACCCCCCUUGCACAGUUUUGACCUUUUAGAUCUCAUUGCACAAACCCAUGAAGGGUUCAACCUGAAACAUCAGUGGAAAAGAAGCCAAGACUCCAAAAGUCAUCCCGAACUGGCUGAUUUGGUUUGGCUGGCUCUGUUUUGCCCUCCUUUAGAGGAGGCAUGCUAAAUGACCGCUGACGACAGUAGUUUCAUUUUUCAGUGUAAACUCAACAUGAAUGGACUGAGUGGUUUUAUAAAAAAAGAGAUUUUGGGAGGGACCAACAACCACCAGAGGAUCAUUUAGACUCGGUUGGUUUAGUUAUUGGUAAAAGAUUUAAUGGAGAUAACCUGUAGACAACCAAAUAACCCUCAGCAGCUUGAAGGGCCAUAUCUAAGACAUUUUGUGGUUUGUGGUUUUUUUUUUGGUUUUUUUUUUCUGGUAGGAAACAUGUGCCGGUUGUUAAGUCAGGAAAUUUUUUCUUUGGCUGGAUUUCUUUUCAUUCCAAUGACAGACUACAUGUUGAAGCCUGAAUGGAGCGACAGUGCUGCACAGUUAAGAUCACUUUUGGAUCUCUUUUGCUUGAAACAUGAAGGUUUAAACUCUAAACAAAGAAGCUGAAAGACUCAUUUGCACUCAAAUGGAUUUUUGAAGAGUGUGCGGACGAGCUCUCUGACAGUUCUCGCUGAGCAGCUGAAGGUCUCGUAUUUAGAAAAUCAAGGAAAUCAUGAAGGGGAACUCUUGAUCACUUGACCUUCAAAUAAUUUGGGAAACUCUGUGAAACCCAACAAUCUUUGUUGAGCAACUCAGAAAACUACACUGGGCAGUCUGCAUCUUUAAGGAGCUGGGCUGGUCUGAGCAGCACUGGACUCACCUGGUUUUCUAAAUAAACUGUGGAGAGUUAAAUUCAUGGUCCUGGACUGGAUUACUCUGGUCUAGUCUGACUGUAGCUCUGAAGUGUUUGUCAGUGUUGACACUAACGCCCAGACCGGGAUCAAGAGCCUUUUACCUUUCAAAAUAUGCAACAUUACAACAAGCAGGAAAAUAGCAUCAACAAAUGAACAGAAUAAUAUUAUUAACAGUUAUAAUAUGUGUGUUUAAAACUACAGUAAUUAUUGCAGGGAACAAAGUGUAAAGCAACUAAAAAAAUGCAUUUGUUAUGUGAUCUUUCCACUGAGAGAGAACAUAACGAGUGUUCUGCAAUAGAUUUGAAGGGGAAAGGAAACACCGACGCUGAAAGCUCUUUAAGCGCUGAGAGCACGUUCGCUCCGACGACGGACACUUUGGAAGAAAAAGGCAUGUUUUUCACACCUUUGCUGACGUGGAAAACAUCCACAUGAGCAAUGAUUCACGCUUGUUUAUAUCAUUAAUCCUCUCUUUCUUCUGUAAUGUCUUCAUGCUUUUAAAGGCUUUAAUAGAGUAACUCAUCCACAACAUUUAUAGAGCUUAUUUAAUCUUUUGCCAACAUGCUCUUAUAUCAUAAGGUAAUGUUAUGAUGCUAAACUAAAGUUCCAACAAAUGAGAAACUUUUACAAUUUUUAGUUGUUUUAUUUAUUUUGUAUAAUCAAAUUAAACAAGUCAUGAUCCUUCUUUACAAAUAGUUGUUUCUCUGAGCACGAGGCCGCCGGUGACAUUCAAAAGUGUGAACAUCUAUCAGCAGACUGGACAGUAAGUCAGCCAAGUAUGUUACUGCUGAUGGAUCGGGCGAGUCCGUUUUUAAACCAACAAAAUCACUUCAUAAUUUCGUUGAUUAAGUACACCUGGUAAUCAUGUUUACACUUGUAAUGAAACCGCUCUGCAACCAGACUGAGACCGCUUCCUCUGGGUCUUAGUGCAUCUCACCCAAGUGAGAUUAUAAUGUUCACAUCUGUGCAGUCAAACUGCACCAAAUUAAAAAAAGACCAGAGUUCAAUUUGAACAGACUAAACAGAACAUUUGUACACAGUAUUUACCUUACAUGUUCGAGAGAGACGGGUCCCCUUUUGUGGCUUUACUGGCAUCUGAACGUUGACAGAGAGGAACCUCUGCAAGAGUCUCAGUCUGUUAUCAGUUAAAUCCACAAAAAUCUAAUAUAACUAAAAUAAUGAUCACAACUCUACAAAUAAGGGAUUUGAAGUUGAACAUUAAUGUUUUUACUUCUUAGUAUGCAGGUGGAAACAAAUGGUAACUCAGUAUGAGUUUAAAUCUAGUAUAAACUGAGUUCAGUGCACUGAUUUGAGUAAAAUAAAGGCUCUGUUUGCAUCUAGAUGGAAGUAUGUAGCAUCAGCGCUCACUGGGCGGAGACUCGUGCUCAGAUGUGUUAAAAGUUACCUUUUAAAUAUACGUUAGCAAGCGUAUUCAAAACCAUACAUCCUUUUUCAAGAGUGUACGCCGUCGGCCACGUGCGAGCUCAGCUGCGGGCGAUUUGUUGAAGCGUUUCCUCGAACCAUUUAAGAGCAAGUGUGAAUGCGUGACACACAGACAGAAGACAAGACGUACAUACUGUAACAUAUUUUGUAUCAUAAACUUUCACCCGCAUCUUCCAAUCAAAUCCUCAAAUCUAAAAAUAAAAAAUAAAAAAAAAUAGAGAAAAAGAAAAAAGAUAGAUGAAAGUCAUCGGGUACCUGACUGGCGUUCCUUCGUGCAUGAGCCUCGUACAGUAGAAGUAGCACUACUGAUCAUAGGAAUUUAUAAAGCAUAUCAGAGAAAAAAAGAGAAAAAAACACGACACAGUGGGGAAGAAAAUCUCAUCAUCUGUUCUUUUGCAUGACGACUCUUAUUGUUUUCUCUCCUGCCAGUUGUUGGUUUGUUUUCCUCAUCCCCCCGUUCCCGAAUCUUUUCAAGACGAGUGUUUGCACCACCGAGCAGUUAGAUUACCGACAAGAACUCGAGCAGAUUAUUAUCAGUGAAUCAUUCAGGCAUGUUCCUCGCCAGAAUGCAAAGUGUGUGUGUGCGAGGUCGGGCGGCUGUUUGUGCGUGUACGUGUGAAUGCGUGUAUGUGUUCGUAUGAUGAGCAGUCACAAAUAUGCAUGGAUACCGUUAUAGGUAUUUUAUCUGUUUUCUCCUGCAGUUUAUCGAGAGAGCGGGGACUGGACGGACUGGCGGUUUGCUGGAUGGAUCUUUGGCUUGUUUUCUGAAAUACCUCUGAAGUCUCAAUGUCUCACUUUAUUCUGUAGCCAUGGCCCCCAGCUAACAUCCACCCCCUCUGUCUGUGUCAUUCAACUGAUUUUACAAAGAGAGAAAAGCUGAAGGAGAAAACUAAAUUCAAACAAAAAGUUGGAUUUUACAGCCAAAAAAAUAAGAUUACACAAAAAAGGACCAUUGACGCCCACUCGCUUGCUCUUUAAGUCAGUUCUAGUAUUAUUUGGACUGAGUGAUACAGUUUGUACCCUUUAUCAAACUUAAAAUUAGGUUGUGUUAAAUUAGCCAGCUGAUACACUUUGGCCGUUUUGGCCUUCUGACUUUUUUUUUAAUUUUUUUUUAUCGUGAACCUUACACAUUUAUUUGAAUUAUUAUUCAUUUUAAAUUCCAAAACUGUGAAGCAAAUUCAUUUUUUAAGUCGAUAUAAAUCCAGUGUCAUUUCAUGAGUGAGGUCACUCAUGCAGAUGCUGAUGGGUGGAGCCAUGGCUGGGAAUCAUGGCUUGAUUGUUUACUGGGAUCUGCUGUUUAAUGCCAUGUUGCUUUGGUGUCUGUGGAAAACAGGAAACAUCUAAAUUUAAAUUUGAGCUGCCCUCUUUGGUAAUUUAGUCCUUUCAUAAACCUUCAUAGAGAUGUAAUAUAUACGUUUCAGUCACGGCUCAGCACGGGGCAUACGUGUAGAGAUUAAAGUGAGUCAAAUGUUUAGGGGGUGAAGCCGGCCCGGGGACUGGCCUGAUCAUGAGAUCAUAAUAAUCACGCUUUAAGUGUACUGAUUACUGCAGUCAUAGAUUUUAUUGUGAUUGGUCGGCAGGUCCAAGUCCAUCCAUUAACACCGCCCCCCCACCCCCCCCUUGCAGUCACAUGUUCUCUGUAUGUCACAGUUUCAGCACGAGGUUUAAAGAGCAACUUAAUGAUAAUAAUUCCAGUUAUUUAAUAUAAUUAUGUUAUGAGAAAAUAAUUUUUCUUAAUGCUGUGUUUCGAUUUUUUCCUUUGUUUGUGAAAUAAGCAACAGGAAUCUCCUGAUGAGGCUUGGGGGAAAAUAUAAACUGUUAAAGUUCUUUCUCACUCUGUCUACUACUGAUUACACUGUUAUAUGUUUCCAGAAGUCCAAGGACUACUCAUAGAACCAGAGUUAUGUGUGCAACAGAUUUGAUGAAUGUGUGAAAGACUGUUUCCAGUUAAAACUGGGUGUUAAGUUGCUCUUUAACUUAUUUAUGUUGUUUUGAGAAUGAAGUGGUGGUUCUAAAGCAUUUGAGCACAGGUCCUUAAAUUUAAAUGUCACUUUUUUUUUAAUGUCAGGUGAACCUGACUGAAGCACACUGGUCUGAUCCUGAGGUGAAACAAUGGGAGCUUAGAUGAGAUGAUAAGCAGCAUUUCAGACGCCUCAGAGUUAAAGUGUUGAUGUUCAGUCUCAGAGAGAGAGAGUGAGGAGCAAUGAAUGAAUGACGGAGAAAACAGCAUUAAAGCACAGAGGUGUAUAUUCCAUUCCACUAAUAAAGACAACAGAAAUCAGAA